AUGGCAAAAACAUGCGUUAAGAAAAGAUUCCAGAUCUUCACUACGAUGUUGUUCUUGGUUUCCCUGGUGUGUUAUUCCAUCAGGAGCCAACGAGCAAAUCAGGCGUUGUUCACCAGAGCCUGCAGUUAUUUCGCGAAUUUUCGACAACAUGUGAAAGUUUGUUUCGAUGACUACAUGCCGAUUCUUAAGAAACUGAAAAGUGACUCCGUUGCCGACUGCAUACAGAAGUGUUUUGUGGCCACCAGCAUGAACUUAAGAGGCGUCAACUACCUGACAUCAGUGCAAUCUUGUUCAUGUGUUCCAAAAAUGAACGUUUUGUUGAACGUAACUCCCCAGCUGACUGGUGGAUGUUUGGCUUUUGUGACCCACGAUUGUCCGCCGGAAUUUGACUACGUAGUGGAGAACAACAAGUGCUACAACUAUCAACAACCCCAAAAUACUUGGAACAUCUCCAGGGAUAUUUGCAAUUCUCUGCUCAACGCCCACCCCGUAGUUAUUGAUGACCCUUAUGAAAAUUCUGCCCUCUUAUCGUAUUUUAAAGAAAAAUGGUUUUCAUACUCGUGGACAGCUGGCCUUCGAAUGUUUGCCAAUGGAACUUGGUUCUUCGGCUGGGAACCCUACCCAGAUAUCUACUUAAAUAUAAAAUCUGAGUUUGUAUCCGUCAUAUAA